CAGCAGGGACAUGGCUGUGGGAGAGCUGCUGCUGAUACUGGGUUUACUGGUCAGCGCCCACUGCGAGGUGAGGGCCAGGGACCCCGAGGUGGAGCAGGAAGAGGAGGAGAGAGGAACAGGAAGCUUGGACCAGCAGGCUCAAACAGGAGCAUUUGGAGCUCUGAUACCCCCAAAUCACCGUCACCUGCCCCACGUCCACAGGCCUGAGGCCCAGGGGGGGCAGAAACGACAGGAAAACCCAGUUGAGCGCCACAACACAGUAGCACCCCCACUAGGAGACGGAGGGAACUACCCUGCUCGCACUGGGAACUGGUGUGCGUUUGUCCAUCGGCGUGAAGUUACCAUGGCUGUGGCAUGUGGAACAGAGAAGUACAACAUUAAAUCUCAGAGCCCGUGUCCCAAUGGCACACCAAACUGUCAACUGGUCAUGUAUAAACUCUCCACCAGGCCGGUCUACAGACAGAAGGUCAGGGUUUUCACAGCUCUGUUAUGGAGAUGUUGUCCCGGACAUGCAGGAGAAAACUGUGAAGACAUCGUUCCCGGUAGUCAGGUGUCUGAUUCUGCAAACUCUUCUCUGAUAGGUAGAUAUGAACAGAAAGGUUCUAAGCUCCACCCCUCAGGAUUACAGUACCAGCGUAGUGAUCUGGACCAGGAGCAGAACGACCACUAUGCAUCCAUCAGUUUGCCCAAUGACUCCACCCACAACAACCACAGCCAGACAGACUCCGCCCACAGGCAGCACCUUCCUCCACAUGGCCCCGCCCACCCCCACGAGCCACCCCCACGAAGCGAAGACCUUCAUGUUCCCGGUAGUCAGGUGUCUGAUUCUGCAAACUCUUCUCUGAUAGGUAGAUAUGAACAGAAAGGUUCUAAGCUCCACCCCUCAGGAUUACAGUACCAGCGUAGUGAUCUGGACCAGGAGCAGAACGACCACUAUGCAUCCAUCAGUUUGCCCAAUGACUCCACCCACAACAACCACAGCCAGACAGACUCCGCCCACAGGCAGCACCUUCCUCCACAUGGCCCCGCCCACCCCCACGAGCCACCCCCACGAAGCGAAGACCUUCAUGGAGUAGAGGGGGGGCGGAUGUCGGCGCUCCCUCUCCCUGACAUGAUGGCGCUCUUCAUGUCUCAUCUGCAGCCGCUGCUGGACCACUUUAAUGGGACUCUGCAGCAGCUGAGCCGGCAGGUGGAGGAGCUGUCGCGGGACGUGGCGCAGCUGAGGAGCGAGGAACAGGAGGAUGAGGAGAAGGAGCUGCUGGAGGGAAGAGUGCAGGAGCGCAUUGAUGCCAAACUUGGCAAGAGGUUUCCGGUGGUGAAGGACGAACUCCACUCCCAGCAUGCAAUGCUGCACUACAAUCUGACCAGCUUCCGAACGGAGGUGGACAUGAAGCUGAAACAGAGCCAGGAGCUGCUGCAGGUCAGCCUGCAGGUGGUGAACGCCUCUCUGUCGGAGAUGAGACUGACCCAGGAGCAGCUGAACGAGGAGCUGCAGAAAAGACGUGAAGAAGAAAAUGUUCCUCAUCCCUCUUCUCCUCUGCUGCCCCCAAACAAUCCUGCUGUCUGGGUGGUCAUGGAAAGAUUGGACAGCAUGGUGGUCAACAAUACAGUGAAGGUCUCAGGUCUUCUGGAGGACCUUAAGACAAACUCAGAGAACAUGGAGGAGCUGAGCCAGGGCUUCGGUGCUCUGAGGGAGCAGAUUGUCCAGACAGGCCGAAACAGCCAGAUCCAGUUCAUGGAGACAGGUCUGGAGGUGGAGGCCGCCAAGGAGGCAGUGCUGAGCCAGGUGGGUGAGCUGGCAGGGAACCUCAGCCAGCAAAGCCAGCGGCUGCAGGAGCUGGAUGUGGACGUUGACUACCUGUACACAGCGCUCUACAAGACCUCCAACUCCUCUGGACAAUGUAACUGCAAUGCUCAGAAGGCGCAGAUCUCAUGGCUGGAGGAGGCCGUGGCCAAUGUGACGCAGCUGGCCCAUGACAACCAUUUGGAGGUUCACGGGGCAAACGAGGCCGCUGCAGCGGGCAGGUUGGGGGAGGUGGGCGACUGGGAGCCGUUAGUGGAGACUUUGCAGCUCGGCCUACAGCAGGUGAAGGAGUCGCUGGUCUUCGAGCAGGCCAGGAGCCGGCUGUUGGACCACAGUCUGACCCGGCUGAAUGGCUCACUGGCAGGCAGCAUGGAGGAUCUGCUCUCCCUGCAGGAGGACAACCUGCGGCUGAGGGAGGAGAUGCGUCACCUGUCCAGUUCCUUUGCCUCUCUGCUGAAAGAUGCCGUGCGCCACAGCGAAGUGUUGGAGGUGCUGCUUGGCGAGGAGGUGUUGGAGUUCAUGGAGUGGCUCCCCAGUGAGCAGGAGGCGCACUCAGUCCCUGUGCUGAAGGAGCAGAUACGCCACCUGCAGCAACAGCUGAGUCAACACAGCCACAGCAUCGCCAAGCUGCUGGGAGAUGGGGGAAGUAACCAUGGAGAACGAGAGGAGGAAGCAGCGGACCAGCCCUCUUCCUCGCGCCUCUCUGAUUGGCUCUCUAGCAGCCUGAUGAGGAGUGGAGGCCCCGCCCGCCAACACCAGCUCCUCCAGCCAGAGGGGAGGGGCGUGGCCACACGCUACGCAGACGGAGGACACCUGUGGAGUCUGGAGAAGACUGUGGAGGAGCUGCGGGUCAAAGUUCACCGACUGGAGGAGCAGCCCUGCUGUAACUCCAGUAGCAGGGAGGAGGUGGCGCUGCAGGCAGAGGUGCAGCGUCUGCGGCGGGGCGUCGAAGGCCAUCUGAGGUUGUUCAAGAGCAUCUUCAGCAACGCAGAGCAUCUGGAGCGUGCUGACGCCACGCUGGACCUCCAGCAGCUGUGGGCGCUCCUCAGGAAGGAGGAGGGCCGGAGAGAGAAGAGGAGGAAAGGAGCGACGGAGGCUCCUCGCAGCAAGAGGAAUACAGACGGCCGACCAGGAGGCGCAAAGGACAUCCUCCUGCUUCUGCUUGCCUCCCUCCACAGCGUCCAGCCUGAGGGACUCCUCCUGUUUGAAGCCUCCGUGAACCGGGAACGGGUUUACACAGAGACCGGAACCUUCACCGCUCCAGCCGACGGAGUUUAUCUCUUCCUCCUCAGCUUGGACCUGCGGCUGGGUCGCGCCCAUGUGGUGAUGAAGAGGAGGAAAGAGGAAGGCUCCUCCCUUCUCCUUCAGGAGGAGGUGAUGGCAGCAGGCCCUGUCACUGGCUGGUGUCUGCUGCUCCUCAGAAAGGGAGAGGAGGUUGCCAUCUGGCUGAGUGAAGGAGGACUGACACCUUCGCAGAACAACAUUCUGGCCAUGCUGUUGCUCCAUCACACCACCUGAGGGCGCUGCGCCGCUGGGAAACACUGACAUCAUCAAUUCAGUUAAUUCUGCUAGUCUUUACUGUGGGAUUAUAAGAGCAAAUAAAACCACAUCCACGUUUUUCUCUGAACACAAAUUCAGAUUUUCAUUUGAAU